GUACUUUUGCUGGAUACAGUCCAAGAAGAAGCGCAGAUAUAUAUAGUAAAGGCUGGUGUUCAACAAGGUAUCCAGUCAAUCAGUCGCUGGAUUGAAGAGAACCAACAACAAGCAUGGCUCCACGUGCUCUGAUUCAAGCAGCUUUCCUAGGACUCCUAGUUGUGUCCACAGCAUUCGCUGACAAACUUGACAAACUCACUAGCAAUGAGAAAACAGACUCAGUUACCGUGAAAAGCGCAUUCGCAUCUGCUUCUGAAAAGGCAAAUUUCCCUUUCGCUAACCCAUCUGCAUUCUCAUUCGGAGCCAAGAGCUUUGGCCCAUCAACCCCAGCUCCAUUCGCAUUUGACAGCUCGUUCUCAACGACCGCUGCACCGUUCAAAUCCAUUUCUUACAGCUCUACACCAGCUCCGUUCGCAUUCGGUAACUCUUUUGCAUCAAAUGCCUACGCCAACGCAGCCGCAGCUCAAUCUUUCGAUGGAGCAUCGUUCAUUGGAUCUUCCACACCUGCUCCAUUCUACGAUGGAUCAUUCGGUUCUUCCACCCCAGCUGCUCUAAUUGGAUCAUCCACCCCAGCACCUUUCUUGUCUGGCGCUGCUGUCUCUGGUGCCGCACUAUCUGAUGCAAGCUUUGCGUAUUCUUCCACCCCAUCAGUUUUAUUGGGCGGAGCUUCACCAGUUGUGUCAUCCACACCAGAACCUGUCGUCUUGAACAGAUCACCAGCUUUCGCUACGUCAUAUGGUUCCUACUACUCUGGAGCCUACGCCCCGUCUUUCGCACAAGGUGCAAUCACCAAGUCUGAAUCGAUCAGCCACGACGCCGUCGAAGUAGCAGCCGUACAAGCUAACGCACCCGCACCUCACCACGAGGUCACAAUCACCAAGGAAGUACCAGUGCCAUACUACGUCCAAGUCGAAAAGAGAGUGCCAUACCCCGUGUUGGUCCGAAUCCCACACCCAUACCCAGUUACAGUCGAGAAACAUGUGCCAUACGCCGUUAAAGUCAACGUAGACCGUCCAGUCCACGUUCCACAACCGUACCCAGUAGAAAUCGAAAAGAGAGUACCGUACCCAGUUGAAAAGCCCGUGCCCUAUGAAGUGAAAGUUCCAGUCGACAGACCAUACCCAGUACAUGUUCCAUUCGAGAAACCUGUGCCAUACGCAGUUGAGAAGCCCGUGCCAUACCCAGUGCGAGUAAAUGUUGACAGACCGUACCCAGUGGAAAAGGCAGUACCAUACCCAUACCCCGUCGAAAAACCAGUGCCAUACCCAGUAGAGAAGGCUGUGCCAUACCCAGUUGAAAAAUUGGUACCAUACGCAGUCGAAAAGAAGGUCCCAUACCCAGUCAGGUACGAUGUCCCAGUCAAAGUACCAGUUCCAGUGGAAGUCAGAGUACCAGUGUCUGUGGACAGACCAGUACCAUACCCAGUAGAAAAGAGGGUUCCAUACCCAGUCCAAGUACCAGUUGAAGUCAAGGUUCCAGUCCCGGUUGCAGCCCCAGCUCAACGUUUCGCUACAGUCCACUACUACCAACAGUCUAACGCUGGUUUAGGAUACGAAGCCAGUCAAGCUUUUGGCGGCCAAUCUGGUUACAAAGCUUUUGCUGCACAAUCUAACGAUGGUGUGCCCAACUUCUACUACAACACUCCCUCAAACGCCGUGAUUCUUAACAACCAAAACUUGAAAACACCCGAACAAUUGGCUGUGACCGGUUCCAAAUUCUCAUACGGUGCCUCUGGUUUGGCUCCAUCUUUUGACAGUGCAUCUGCAUACGCAGGUUUUGCUUCAGGCAGUGCUUCUGGAUUUGCUCCAGCCUCUGGAAGUUCAUUCUACAGCUCUACUCCAGCUGCCGGAAGUGCAUUCUAUAGCUCUACUCCAGCUGCCGGAAGUGCAUUCUACAGCUCUACAUCUAGCCCAAUAACCUCAUACAGCUCGACUGCCAGCCCAGCUGGACUCUUCGGCUCAAACUUCGCCCAAGACGGUUUCAGCAGCACAUCAGCUCCAUUCAGCUUCGGCCAACAAUCUUUCUUCGGAUCAUCAACACCUGCUCCGUUCAGCUCUUUCUCCGCUGGCUCAGCUGAUGCAUCAUCUUUAUUCAAGUCAACCAACUUCGGAUCCGCCGGACAAGAAGCAGUUGCCAUUGGAGGUGCAUCCACCAAGGUCCAAGAAAAGGUAGAGUCAAAAACUGAAGACUCAAAUGUUGUAAAGAAAUAGAUUUCUAUGUUUCAAUUAUAACUAAAAUGUGCACUUUCACAUUUUUAAAAAGCUACUGAAUAAUAGAAAUAUUUUCAAAUAUAUAUAUAAUAUAUAUAUAUUUUUAAAUACUUUCUAUGAUUAUGAAUAAUUUUACCACACGUUUUAUAAGUUAGGAAUACAUUCAUUUGUAAUAUUAUAAAUAAAUAAAAAUGAUGAGCAUUAA